ACACCAAUUGGGUUUCUGUUCAACCCUCGAAAGCCGAAAAACGAAGAAUUUCAAAGCCCAAUCACCAUCCGUAAUGGCACCACCACCAUUCUUCCACGGCGGCUCGCCACCGCCACCACAACCGUCGUCAAACCCCGGCCAAUACAUCCAACAGUUCCUCAGCAACCUCCUCUCCCAGCGCGGCCCAUCCUCCCUCCCCUACUCCGAAGACUCCAAGUGGCUGAUCCGCCAGCACCUCGUGACCCUGACCGAGUCCUACCCCAGUCUCGCCCCCAAAACCGCGCUCUACACCCACGCCGACGGCCGCUCCUCAACCCUCCUCCAGGCCGACGGCACCGUCCCGAUCCUAUUCCACUCCGCCACCUACAACAUCCCCGUCGUGAUCUGGCUCCUCGAGCCCUACCCCCGCCGCGCCCCCCUCGUCUACGUCAACCCCACGCGCGACAUGGUCAUCAAGCGCCCCCACUCCUUCGUCGACCCCUCCGGCCUCGUGUCGGUACCGUACUUGUCGAAUUGGGUCUACCCGAGCUCCAAUCUGAUCGACCUGGCCCGGGACUUGGCCCGGCACUUUGCCCGCGACCCGCCCCUCUACUCCCGCCGUCCCCCCGCUCCGAACCCUAAUCCUAGUUUCGCCUCGUUGAAUGAUUCCGUGUCGGUACGCCCCAAUCAGAACCCUAACCCUAGUUUUGCCUCGUCGAAUAGUUUCGUUCCGGGGCGCCCCAACCCAAACCCUAACCCUAGUUUCUCCGCAUUGAAUAAUUCCCCAUCGGGAUGGCCCGAUCCAAACCCUAACCCUAGUUUUGCCUCAUCGGGUAAUUCAGUCUCGCUUCGUCCGGCGAUCCCUCCGAGAUCAUAUCCGCAAUCCCCGUAUGGGAGCGGUGGUCGGCAGGUUGGGACUGAGGAUCCGGCCGAGGUAUUUAAGAGGAAUGCUGUAAAUAAGCUUGUGGAGAGCUUGAGUAGUGAUAUCGGGGUUUUGAGGAAGACGAGGGAAGGGGAAAUGGAGGGGGUGGUCAGUGUUCAGGCGGCGUUGAGGGAGAGAGAGGAACGGAUUGGGAGAGGGGUGAGAGAGAUGCAGGGGGAGAAGGAGGCGCUGGAGCAGCAGUUACAGAUGGUUUCGAUGAAUACGGAUGUGUUGGAGGGUUGGUUGAGGGAGAAUGGGGGAAAGGUGAAGAAUGUAGAUGUUGAUGAUGCAUUUGAGUGUUGUGAUGUUCUUUCUAAACAGAUGAUUGAGUGUGCAGCAGCGGAUUUGGCUAUUGAGGAUGUGGUGUAUGCUUUGGAUAAGGCGGUACAAGAAGGGUCGAUAGCUUUUGGUCAGUACUUGAGGAAUGUGAGGUUGUUGUCACGGGAGCAGUUUUUCCAUAGGGCUACGAAUUCUAAAGUUAGGGCUGCUCAGAUGGGGGCUCAGAUUAGUAGUAUGGCUGCUAGGGCAUCUCAACUAGCUGUGUGAAAAAUGAAAAUUCAUGUCCUUGUGUAUCACACAGGCUUCAUUUGCCCCUAUUUUUGGUGGUAUAUCUCUAAUAUCCGUGGAUGAUAUUUGAGUACUCAUGUGGUUUCAUGCAGGCAUGCAAAAAUCUGCUGGUCUUUGAAAGUUUUUGUGGGUCCUCAAUUCCGUAUUUCUGAUAAUGUGAGAACAAUCUUUAUUAGUUUGUAUUGAUAUAAAUGAUAAAGAAGCUUGGAGCUUAUGUUUUUGCCGCAA